CAAUCAACGUGAGAGCCGGAUGGUCGUGUUGUUGUAGUGACGUGUGAGGCUGUGAUAGACAGCCAUGGCGGGAGUGCUGUGUGUAUGCGGGCUGAUGAGACUUUUGGCGUCGUUGUUCAUGCCUGCUCUUCUCGCCAGUAUAACAGCCUCCCUUCUGCUGGCAAUUCUUCUAUGUUUUCUUCGGCUUUGGAUCAUUCAAAAGAAAAAGUCAGCUGUGCACUUAGGCAGUGAUGGCAACACCCGGAAAGUGAUUGCGUUUUUCCAUCCAUACUGCAAUGCGGGAGGAGGAGGUGAGAGAGUGCUGUGGUGUGCCCUCCGAGCGUUACAGAAGAGGUACAAGGACGCUGUCUACGUUGUCUACACCGGUGACAGAGAUGUAUCUGGAGAACAGAUCCUAAAUGGAGCCCUGAGGAGAUUUAACAUCAAGUUAUCAUAUCCUGUAGAGUUCAUAUUCCUGGAAAAGCGUAACCUUGUAGAAGACCGACAUUACCCCCAUUUCACCCUGCUGGGUCAGAGUUUGGGUUCCAUUGUUCUUGGGUGGGAAGCACUGACCAAAUGCGUUCCUGACGUUUAUAUUGACUCCAUGGGCUAUGCAUUUACUUUGUCACUCUUUAAAUAUUUUGGGGGUUGUCAUGUGGGCUGUUAUGUGCACUAUCCAACGAUCAGCACAGAUAUGCUGUCUGUAGUUCGGGACCACCAUGCUAGAUUUAACAACUCUGACGUGAUCUCCAACAAUCCAGUGCUGAGCAGACUAAAGUUAAUCUAUUACUAUCUGUUUGCUUGGUUUUAUGGAUGGGUCGGUUCUUGUAGUGAUUUGGUGAUGGUUAACUCUACAUGGACCUUCAACCACAUCUUGGAUCUGUGGAAAUGCAGUGAACGCACGAGCAUAGUCUAUCCACCCUGCGACGUGCAGACCUUUUUGGAUAUUAGUCUGGAAGUGGAGCAAGAGAGGAAGGGGCACUCCAUUGUGUCUAUUGGCCAGUUUAGGCCAGAGAAGGACCACCCUCUGCAGAUCCGAGCUUUCAGUGCUUUGCUGGCAAAGAAGACAUCCGAGGAACGCGCUAACCUAAAGCUCAUUUUAAUUGGUGGAUGCCGCAACCAGCAGGAUGAACUUCGUGUGGAAGAGCUAAAGAAGCUCAGCAAAGACUUGGGAGUUCCUGUGGAGUUUAAAGUAAACAUUCCCUUUGAUGAGCUGAAGAAACACCUCAGUGAAGCCACCAUUGGGUUGCACACCAUGUGGAACGAACACUUUGGCAUUGGAGUGGUUGAAUGUAUGGCAGCAGGGACCAUCAUUCUGGCUCACAACUCUGGAGGCCCCAAACUGGACAUUGUAGUAUCUUACGAAGGACAAGAAACUGGCUUCCUGGCUGACAGCGAGGACACCUAUGCUUCUUCUAUGGAGCACAUCCUAUGUCUCCCUGCACACAAGAGACUGCACAUCAGACAGAAUGCUCGACGGUCUGUCUCUAGAUUCUCAGACCAGGAAUUUGAAGCAAACUUUCUUUCUGCUACUGACUUACUAUGUAGGUAAUAUACUGUUAUAUGUCAUUUUAUGUAUAUGUGUUUGGGUGUAAAUAGUCUUGUAUUAUAUCAUAUGGUCUGUUGUAAAUGAAAUG